UGCGGUCACGCAUGCGCGGGGCCGGUGGCAGCAAUGGCGGCCAGCGGCAAGUCCUUCCUGGCCGAUGCGGGCUAUGGCGAGCAGGAGCUGGAUGCCAACUCCGCCCUCAUGGAGCUGGACAAAGGCCUCAGGUCCGGCAAGCUCGGGGAGCAGUGCGAAGCCGUCGUUCGUUUUCCGAGGCUCUUCCAGAAAUACCCGUUCCCCAUUCUCAUCAACUCGGCGUUCCUAAAGCUGGCCGAUGUUUUCAGAGUGGGGAACAACUUCCUGAGGCUGUGUGUGCUGAAAGUUACUCAGCAGAGUGAGAAGCACUUGGAGAAGAUCCUGAAUGUGGAUGAAUUUGUCAAGAGAGUUUUCUCAGUGAUCCAUAGCAAUGAUCCAGUUGCUCGGGCCAUUACACUCCGGAUGUUGGGCAGCAUGGCAUCUAUCAUUCCAGAAAGGAAGAAUGCCCAUCACAGUAUUCGCCAGAGUUUGGAUUCCCAUGACAAUGUGGAGGUUGAAGCUGCUAUAUUUGCUGCUGCCAACUUUUCUGCACAAUCUAAGGAUUUUGCUGUUGGAAUAUGUAACAAAAUCAGCGAGAUGAUUCAAGGUUUGGCCACACCUGUGGACCUGAAGCUGAAGUUGAUCCCUAUUCUGCAGCACAUGCACCACGAUGCCAGCCUGGCCUCCAGCUCCAGGCAGCUGCUGCAGCAGCUGGUGACAUCCUACCCCUCCACCAAGAUGGUCAUUGUCACCCUGCACACCUUCACUCUGCUUGCUGCUUCUUCUUUGGUUGACAUUCCCAAGCAGAUUCAACUUUUGUUGCAGUACUUGAAAAAUGACCCCAGGAAGGCUGUGAAGAGGCUUGCAAUCCAGGAUCUGAGGUUGCUGGCCAACAAGACACCACAUACAUGGAGCAGAGAAAAUAUUCAGGCACUCUGUGAAUCUGCUCUAAACACUCCUUAUGACAGCUUGAAAAUGGGCAUGUUAUCUGUUCUUUCCACGUUAUCGGGGACCAUUGCCAUUAAACAGUACUUCAGCAGUGCUCCAGGAGCAGCAGCUACAACUGCCAGGUCAUUUGAUUUGGUAAAACUAGCACAGGAGUGCUGUUACCAUAAUAACCGUGGCAUUGCAGCCCAUGGAGUGAGAAUUCUGACCAAUAUUUCAGCCUCUUGCCAGGAGAAAGAUCUUCAGCCUUUGGAGCAAGAUGCAGUUUUUGGCUUAGAAGCUCUUCUUGUUCUCUGUAGUCAAGAUGACAGCCCAGGAGCUCAGGCAACCUUAAAGAUCACGCUGACGUGCAUGGUGAAGCUGGUGAAGUGCCGCCCCCACCUGAGCCAGUCCGUGGUGGAAUCCCUGCUGGCACAGCUGCACAGUGCCCAGGACAAUGCCAGGAUCCUCAUGUGCCACUGCCUGGCAGCCAUUGCCAUGCAGCUGCCUGUCCUGGCGGAUGGCAUGCUGGGAGACCUCAUGGACCUCUAUAAAUUAAUUGGACAAUCUGCCACAGAUAAAAAGCAGGAACUCUUGGUUUCUCUUGCCACAGUGAUAUUUGUUUCCAGUCAGAAAGCUUUGUCCACAGAAAUCAAAACUGUUAUCAAGCAGCAGCUUGAGAAUGCCUCCAAUGGAUGGACAGCCUACAGGAUAGCCAGGCAAGCUUCCAGGAUGGGCAACCACGACAUGGCCAGAGAGCUGUACCAGAGCCUGCUGACCCAGGUGGCCUCAGAGCACUUCUACUUCUGGCUGAACAGCCUGAAGGAGUUCUCGCAGGCCGAGCAGUGCCUGGCAGGGCUGCAGGAGGAGAGCUCCAGCUCCGCGCUCUCCUGCAUCGCCGAGGCCCUCAAGUCCUACCACAAAGGGAUCGCCUCGCUCACGGCUGCUAGUACACCACUUAAUCCUCUGAGCUUUCAGUGUGGAUUUGUGAAACUCAGGAUUGACCUUCUGCAAGCUUUUUCUCAACUUAUUUGUACCUGCAACAGCCUAAAAACGAGUCCACCCCCAGCUAUUGCCACAACCAUUGCUAUGACAUCAGGAAAUGAUCUCCAGAGGUGUGGCCGCAUCUCCAACCAGAUGAAACACUCAAUGGAGGAAUUCCGAAACUUGGCUACACGAUAUGGAGAUCUCUAUCAGUCAUCUUUUGAUGCAGAUUCAGCAACUCUAAGGAAUGUAGAACUACAACAGCAGAGCUGCUUGUUGAUUUCACAUGCAAUAGAAGCUCUGAUUUUGGAUCCAGAAUCUGCAAGUUUCCAGGAAUAUAGCUCAAAUGGAACAGCUCAUGUUGAAAGUGAAUAUGAAAGAAGAAUGAUGUCUGUGUUUAAUCAUGUGCUAGAGGAAGUGGAAUCCCUCAACAGGAAGUAUGCUCCUGUGUCUUACUUGCACACAGCUUGUCUGUGCAAUGCUGUCAUUGCCUUGUUGAAGGUGCCCCUUUCAUUUCAAAGGUACUUUUUCCAAAAGCUGCAGUCUACAAGUAUUAAGCUUGCUCUGUCCCCAUCUCCAAGGAACCCAGCAGAGCCUAUAGCAGUACAGAACAACCAGCAGCUGGCCCUCAAGGUGGAGGGAGUGGUUCAGCACGGAUCCAAACCAGGCCUUUUCCGUAAAAUCCAGUCUGUCUGUCUCAAUGUCUCUUCAGUGCUGCAGAGCAAAUCUGGACAGGACUAUAAGAUUCCUCUUGACAGCAUGACCAAUGAAAUGGAGCAGAGGGUGGAACCGCACAAUGACUACUUCAGCACCCAGUUCCUGCUCAACUUUGUCAUCCUUGGCACCCACAACAUCACCGUGGAGUCCUCUGUGAUAGACUCAAACGGCAUUGUCUGGAAAACUGGGCCUAAAACAACGAUUUUUGUGAAGUCUCUGGAGGAUCCCUACUCGCAGCAGGUUCGCCUGCAGCAGCAGCAGGGCCCGGCCCCAGCGCAGCAGCAGCAGCAGAGAACGGCGUACUCGCGCUUCUGAGUGCACAGCCUGCCCUGCUGGGGCUGCAGCUAUUCUGGACACUUCUUUUUAAAAGCUUUUUUCAAGGUUUUUUAUUACAGCCUUCUCCUACAAAGUCUCAGAUGCCAGUUUGCUGCUUCCAAAUUAUCUGGAGUAAAUUCGAACUUGAUUCAGCAGAGGCAGCUGUUCAAAUCUGGAGUUGUGCUCUUACUAUAAGGACUUCUACCUGAUCUCUAACUUCUGUUUACAAACCUGUUCCAGCAGGCUCCACAAACUGCAGUAGCAGGGGACACUGAACUUGUUGACUGGUACUUUCCAUGAUGUUUUUUGAAGCACAUAGGUUCUAAUGUCAGGCUGACAGGACAUUGGGAAACACUUCACUUUGGCUGGUUAUACAGAAAUGAGUGUAAUACCAAGUGUGUAUCUUUCAGUGUGAAGCAAUUGGCAGGAAUGUCCAGAAAUUCUUUUUCUGACAUUUUAAUAGCAAGUUCCAGUAUUUGGCUGGUGUAUGUAUGUUAUUAAAAUUCUUCAGCACUACUUAAUGCAUGCAGCUGGAAGAAAAAAAUCGCAGGUCACUUGUGAUACCCAGUCACUGCAGAGGGAGGAGACUGUGUGAGGGGUUGCUGUCUGCAAGGAGCAGAGUUUUACAGGUGGGAAUAAUCACUGUCUCUCAGAUGAUAUGGAAGAUGUUGUUUUUAAAUUUUCAUGCAUCUGUAUUUCUGAAACCUUUUGUUUUGUAGGGUUUUUUUAAUUUUUUCUUUUUAGAGGGAAAUUAAAAGGAAUGACAGCUUGCAAGUAAGCAGCUCUGGUUUUUAAAAGGAGUCCUUUCUACCAAAACUUUCUAAUCUUAUGUGUUCUUUGACCAACUUGCAAAGCUUAAUUGUUAAUUUUACAAGAACUGUAAAUAGAAUUUUGCCAAUUCUAGAAAUUGAUCCAGAAUAAUUUUGGAAAUACACUGCUUCAUACAUCAUUUUCACAGUUCCUUUGUGAUAUAAAAGGCUGAACUGUAUCCAGACUCACAGGCAGUGGAUCACAUAACAUGACCUUCACCUGGUCUGCAUAAAUAGUCUCUGCUUAUCACUCUGUAGCAAAGCAGGACCCACUUGAGUGAGAAGGAGGAGGGUUGGCUCUUCUUACAUACUUCAGCUUGUUAAUCUCUCUUGGAGAAGAAGUUUUUGGUUUUUUUCUCAGCAAAAUCCCAUGAUACUGUUAUUUCUUCAAUAUGAUUUCAUUCUAGAUCUGACUGGAGUUCACAGGUUUUGCUUGCUUCAAGUGCAGAGAAUAUGAUAAUGAAUUGCUGUAAGCUGAGGCUUCUUUUGCAUAGCAGGAUGAAGAAUUUUUUGCUGUGUUUUCCCAUAGUACCUCUUGGCUGGAGACUAUCCAAGAAACCAAACAAGCUGGAAGUGAUGAUCAUACCUUGGUCAGGCUGUAAUCCUAACUGGAAAUGGUAACUGGGAGGCAAGGUUGAAAUAGAAGACAGAAAAUUGGUGAAAAGUUGAGCAGCAUCCUCUGUAAAUUAUUUUCCAUUUGAGCAGGGGACGCAAAGUACCACUGCCUUCCAAGCUGACUGAGCAAAGUGGUGGUUUCUGUCCCACUUUUGUGGUUCCAUGCCCAUAGUUUGGGGUGGGUGUGUAUUCAGCUGUGUGCACACAGGCAUAUCUGUACCUGUAGCUACAGCUUGUUGAAUGGUCCAGAAAGAGGUGCCUGGCCUGCUGCUGUGUGUGCUUUCUGUCAGAUUGAAGAGCUGAACUCCUUGUGGUCAGUUGGGUUUUUUUUAUUAAAGCCAUAGAUCAGUUCUUUACCACAAAAACCUCUGUAUUUAAUGUAAAAAAAAAAAAAAAAACAACAAAGGAGACA